AUGCCAGCAAGGGAGUCACCGGCAGGAGCCAGAGAAUGGAGCCAUGGCUGGGGGAGCAGGGCCAGGCACCAGAGUUCCAGGGAGGGGGCAGAGUCCAGCUUAGCUCAUAAGUGGAGCUGAUAGCAGUCGUUAGGGGAGAGGCCAAGGGUUAGGACCCAGGGCACUAGGAGCCCAGGGCCAGGAGGCGAGCUCUGUGCUUGGUGCUUGGAGGAAGCCCCACCUGGCACCAUGGCCUUCCUGGUGGCUGGGACCCUGCGGGUGGCCACGCAGAUAGCAGAUACUCGAGACAGCCUGGGGAGAAAGGGAAAAUACAACGUGCAGGGUCCAAGGGCAGCCCUGAUGCUCAGCAGCCCUGGGGUGGCGGACGCUGCAGUCACUGCCUUGAAGGAUGUGUUCCAGGCCCUGGGAUUUGAGAGCUUCGAGAGGAGGGAGGUCCCGGUCCAGGGCUUCCUUGAGGAGCUGGCUUGGUUUCGGGAGCGGCUGGAUGCCCAGGGGCACCUUUUGGGGUGUGCCCUAGUGGCCUUGGUGGCCCCCAGAGGGCAGCUGUGGCACCCACAACAGCUGGUCCGGGAGCUGAGCAGCUGUGGGGUCCUUCAGGGCUGCCCCAAAGUCUUUCUGCUGCUCCCAAGUGGCCCUGGUGCCACCCUGGAGCCUGGAGCCUUCCUCGAUGGCCUGAGAGAGCUCUGUAGCCGCUCUCCUCACUGGUCCCUGGUACAGCUGCUGACGGAGGUGGGGAAGCCGGCUGGGCCUGCUGUCUCCCCUGGUUCUGCGGUGCCGCCAGAGCCAGUUACACUCUUCCACAGGGUGGCUGAAGAGUCCACUGGGGGCACCUGCUGCCCUGUUCUUCAGAGCUCCUUGCGGGGGGCACUGUGCCUGGGAGGCAUGGAGCCCUGGAGGCCCGAGCCGGCCCCCGGUCCCAGCACUCAGUAUGACCUGUCCAAGACCAGGGCUGCCCUCCUCCUGGCUGUGAUCCGAGGCCGGCCUGGGGCCCAGCACGAUGUGGAGGCACUGGGGGGCCUGUGCCGGGCCCUGGGCUUUGAGACCACCGUGAGGACAAACCCUACAGCCCAGGCUUUCCAGGAGGAGCUAGCCCAGUUCCGGGAGCAGCUGGACACCUGCAGGGGCCCUGUGAGCUGUGCCCUUGUGGCCCUGAUGGCCCAUGGGGGACCUCAGGGUCAGCUGCUGGGGGCCGACGGGCAAGAGGUGCAGCCCCAGGCACUGAUGCAGGAGCUGAGCCGCUGUCAGAUGCUGCGGGGGCAUCCCAAGAUCUUCCUGCUGCAGGCCUGCCGUGGGGGAAACAGGGAUGCUGGUGUGGGGCCCGCAGCUCUCCCCUGGUACCGGCGCUGGCUGUGGGCACCUCCAUCUGUCCCCUCUCAUGCAGAUGUCCUGCAGAUCUACGCCGAGGCCCGAGACAGCUCCAGCAGGGGUCCCCCUUCAGGGAGCUCCCACCAGGCAGACAUCCUGACGGUCUAUGCAGCCGCUGAGGGCUAUGUGGCCUAUCGGGAUGAGAGGGGCUCAGACUUUAUCCAGACCCUGGUGGAGGUCCUCAGAGCCAACCCCGGGAGAGACCUUCUGGAGCUGCUGACUGAGGCAGAUGUGGUUGGUUGGUUUGGAUAUUUCCAAGGCCUGACAGAGGGCUGAAGUCCAUCAGGGUCAACAGGCGGGUGUGUGAGCAGGAUGUGCUGGGCCCCGACUGCGAUGAACCCCGAAAGGCCUGCCUGGAGAUCUGCAGCUCGCUCCGGCACCGGCUCUGCCUCUAGGCCUGACAGAGCCGCGGCCACCGGGGGCUGCUGAGACCACCACUGUUGCCUCCAUCCACCACCCACCCCGCGGUUUCCUCAUCUGAGAGCGAGGCGUGGCAGUGUGGGGAUGGGCGUGCAAUAAACGUGUGCCGUGAACAGUUCCUGUUCUCAAGGAAGUGUGAAAUAAGUGAGAUGUGUGUAAAGCGUCUUCACGGCAUAUGGACGCAGUUGCGUCCCUGGGAACCUAGCUGGGGCCAGUGCCCA